UAUAUAAAUUACAACAACAAAAAAUAUGUUGUAAAAACCACAAAACCAGCCAGAAACUAAUGGAACUAAUUGUUCGACGAAAGGCGGCCACAUGAAUGAUGCAUAGCAGGAGGCGGGGGACGUGCUGUUAACAGGAGUGUGUGCGAGAGGGAGAGAGAGGGAGAGUGAGAAAGAGUGCGAACCAUUCAUUGUUUAGCCGAAAGUGAAAUGCCAAUGCCAAGCGCAGGCCGCCGCUGCGCUUCAUAAUUGGAGCAACUGCAGCGCUUGCCACGAGAUCGUGUGAAGUGUAUAAAAUCAUGUGCUUGGCGCGCAGGCGCCGGCAGUCAAUAGUGGCGAUCGCAAGGCAACUGACGACGAUUGCCAGCGUACAGCGAAUAGAGCAGCUCUAACUUGGAAUACCUGAGCACAGACCCAACUACUCUCGACAUGAGGAAGCAUUGCAUCUCCGGAUGCUGCAUUUCGUUACUGCUGCUGCUGCUGCUGCAGCUGGUGAGCGGCGAGCAACAGGCGGAAGAUCACAGAAUUCAAAGACGUUUCAUGUGGCAGCAAAUGGACAUGGGCGGCCUUAUGGGCCGCAUGUUCGGUGGGGCACGGAUAAUGAGGACCAUGUUCGGUGACUUUAUGCCCAGCACAGCGAGCUACGGCAAAAACAUGAUGGACUAUAUGCCAACGGAGACGACGCGCGUCAAGUACAUCAUCCGAGAUCCGCAUACGAACAAGCCAGUGAAGAUAAUCAAGAUGCGUGGCUCGCCGAAGAAGGUGGUGAAGCUGAUAAGGCCACUGCCCAAGCCGAAGCCCAUGGUCACAGAGUCGACGAAGCUGCAGUACGAGAAUCGCAUGCGGCAGCUGGAGAAGGAGCAGGAGCUGAUUGCUGAGGGCAAAGUGCCCGCUAGCAGCGAUGAGGCGCUCAUGGAUAAAUAUUUUAAGCACAAGCCGCGCACCAACAGCAACGAGAUUGUCUCUGGCAAGAUUAUGGAAUACCAGAGCUGGAAGCCAGUCUACAAGUCGGGUGAACAGCCCACGUCUUAUGUCACGCUGCGUCCUCAGGCCAUGACACAGCUGCACACACAAAUUACGUCCAGUCGCGACAACAAGGACAAUACGCCUCCUGGCGAAAUGCUGCCCAAGCCCGAGAAACUGGUGGGCCGACGUCCAGAGCUGGACGAGGAGGACGACGAUUUCGAGCAAGUCGAUGACGAUAAUGAAAAUGAGCUAGCCAAGCCGCCAGGCGGCCAUCAAUACGAGGUGACCGAGCACACGGGCGAGGCAAGCGGCGAGGUGCAAUCGCUGACGCCCAUGGAGGGCGGCUUUGUGCCCUCCAAGCUGUAUCACAGCCAGCCAAGCGAGCAGGCCAAUAGCCAGCCAAGCAGUCACUCGAGCAGUCACUCCCACAGCCAGCCAAGCAGUCACUCCAACAGCCCGCCCGACAGCCAUGCCAACAGCCAGCACAGCCACAGCGGCAGCCACGCGCACCGUCCUCGUAGUCGUGGCAACAGCCUUGCACCACCGACCACCACAACCACCGAGGUGCCCAAUUAUCCGCCAGCGUUUCUGAAAAAGUAUCGCGAGCGCGAGGCCGCCGCAGCCAACGCAAGGCCCAGCAGCAGCAGCAGCAGCAGCAGCAGCAGCAGCAGCAGCAGCAGCAGCAGCAGCAGCAGUAGCAGCAGUAAAGCCCGACCGAAGCACCACAAAGAGCUGGUUCUCGCCGAGCCGCAGAACAGCCAAGCCCAAUCCAAUAUUAGCUUUGCGAUGAGCAGCCUACGCGCACGCCUCCAGGAGCAGCAGCGUCAGAGCAAUCAGCAGGAGCGCGACGCCGAGAUGGAGGCGGCCUUGGUGGAGGCCAUGCAUGGCGACAAAUGGCCAGCGGAGGUGCAGCACGGCGGCAGCUAUCUGACCAGUCCCAUUGGACCCAGUGCGGUGGCCUUCGACCAGGCGGUGCAGCCCUCGAAGAAGCAGCGCAGCGAGUACAAAAGACAGCGGGCCAAUCUGCGACAGCGCGGAUCCGUCAAGUUUAGCGAUAAUCCUAUCGAGGAGGUGUAGCCCAGUAGCAAGCGGAGCAGCGGAGCAGUAACCAAAGCAUAGCCAAAGCGUCAGUUAAGCGUUUUAAUUGCCUAGCUGUUAACAUAGUUUUUAAAAGGCCUGAGUAAACGCAAGAGUUUAACACACCCACACACACACACACACGCAAAUACUUUGCGCAACAAAACAAUUUCAUUUGGGACUGGCUGAAGUCAUUGGACCGAGCGCACGCAAUGCAAAUGCAACUUCAUUAUCGCGUUGCUGUUCGUUAUGCCGAAUGCACUUUAAUUAUUGUAAAAUAUCCCAAGCUCUUUCCCGCCCCUGCAAGUCGUUGGCACUUAUCACAUUCCUUCGUUUCAUUUGACAACCAAUUUAAAGCUUUGAACUGCCUUCAAGUUGACCCCAAAAAUACAAAAAAAAAAAAAGACACCCCAACACACAAGCGCAGCUAAAAGUGGGUUAAACCUGCUAUAAAUUCCAGUGACAAACCAGAACAAAAGACAGCCAUAAGACAUUCUAAGCUUUAACAUUCCCAGAGACGGCCGCAAGGCCACUUCUUCUCUUCACAAAACAGCUAAAAUAGUAGAAGGAAAAAAUACACACACACACACACACAACAACGACAAUAACAAAAAAAAAAAGAAAUGCAACAAAUGCGGUUUUUAAUUAAGUACCUAAAGCAAUGGCGACAACAGCUGAAUUAAGAGCCAAACUGGCCAGAGCGAAUGGCAAUGGAAAAUGUAAGCACAAGGCAGAGUGAAUGAAAGUAGAGGAAAAGCAUGCAGCACACAGCGGGAAACCAAUUUUCCUCCAUUUCGUCGAAUGAAUGCCAUCCAUUUCGAUUCACUGAAAAACUUCUGACAAAGCCACAAUUACUUUAAGCAAAGCAGGAAUUUAAUAAGAGAUAAAUAAAAAUUUCAAAUGGCUCAACUUGUGGAUUUAAUUUAUUGCUUAAUAA